AUGACAGGAGGUAUUCAUAUUUUAGAUCUACAUAAGUUUGACGUUGAUGAGAAAAAUGGGUUUCUGUCGUCGGAGCUACCAUUGGACCAUCUAGAAAACACAUAUUAUAAACCAUGGGAAACUUUGGCCACUAAUAUUCCCCGAUUAUUGUUAACUAAUCAAUUGAAACCUGAAGUUGAAAAUAGACUCCCCUUAUUAUCUAUCGACCAGUUAACUUCUUUACAAGAACUGAAAAGGGGGUAUGUCCUACUUACAUUUAUUAUCAAUGGUUACGUUUGGUCCAUCAAUCCUCCAAAUGAAAUUAUACCAGAUUCUUUAGCUCUACCAUUAUUGGAAGUGUCCAAGAAGUUAGGUCUACCACCUGUUGCUACUUAUUCAAGUGUUGUAUUAUGGAAUUAUAAAUUAGUUGACAACACUAAAGAAAUAAGCUUGGAGAAUUUAACUACCGGUCUAACAUUUACAGGUAGUUUUGAUGAGGCUUGGUUUUAUUUGAUUAGUGUUUAUUUUGAAAAAAUAGGUGCACAAUGUGUCGAGCAUGGUUUGAAAGCUAUAGAUGCAGUCACUGCAAACUACUCUGUUUCCUUCAUAGAAUCUAUGAAAUUGCUGGCAAUGAGUAUUGAUAACUUAACAGAUAUCUUAAAGAGAAUGGAUGAGAAAUGUGAUCCUUAUGUAUUUUAUUUUAGAAUUAGACCAUUUUUGGCUGGUUGGAAGAAUAUGGCUAAAGUAGGACUUCCACAUGGUGUGAAAUAUGGUCCUAAUGGUGAAUAUCAACAAUGGUCUGGUGGUUCCAAUGCUCAAAGUUCAUUGAUUCAAUAUCUUGAUUUAGUACUAGGGGUUACCCAUUUUUCAGACGGUGGACAACAACAAUAUCCCAGAAAACCUAUUACUAAUGAAUCUCAAUUUAAGAGAAAUUCUUAUUUGUUAGACAUGCGCCAAUAUAUGCCACAACCACAUAGGUCAUUUUUGAAAGAAGUUGGUGAAAAGACUAACAUUCGUCAAUAUGUGUUAAAACAAAGUUCUGAAUCUGCUGAGAGAUUUGCUUAUGAUACUUGUAUUUCAAUGAUGAAGAAUUUCCGUGACGUUCAUUUAGGUAUCAUCAAGAACUAUAUCCUGAUUCCGGCUAGAGCUGAGAGAAUGAAUGAAACAAACGUUAUGAGGAAUGGGUUAGCAACAACUCAUAACAAUAAGAAUCAUGUAGGGACUGGAGGUACCUCAUUAGUGAAAUUUUUAACCCAAUGUAGGGAUGAGACCAGUGAUAUGGCAGUCACUAAAUGGGUUAAAGAAUAUUUGAAAGAUGAUAACGUUGAACAUUCAAAUUUGGAGAUGAAUUUCAUCUUCGAUUACAAUUACAAUUUUGUUGGGUUCAAGGAUAAAGUUUCAAAUAUCCAACUUAUAGAAGAUGAGGACGAGAAUACUGAUGUUGAUUUUUUCAUUCAUCAUUGGUAA